ACGUCUCGAGCAGCAACGCAGCGGCAACGCAACGACGGUGAUGUUGUCAGUUGUCGUUAAUCUGGGAGAUGAAAUAAGCGAAAGACGAGGGGGAGUUCUGCUUCAUCGUCACCGACAUUUUAACUCCGAGUAAAAACAAACACCGAGGACCUGUGUGAGUUUGACCACCCGGGGGCUGCCUCCGUGGAGCCGCCGGGCUCCGACGCGACAGGGCGGGGUGAUGUUUAGGUUCCGGUAUAAAAGCGGCUCGACAAUGGCAACCAGACGAGACGAGGAGUCGGCCGACGACGCUGAGCUUUUAUACCCGGUCCUAGAAUGAGCAGUUCGCCGUCUCGGUGCGACAGGGCGGCGGUAACCGUCUGAGGAGGGCCCUGGCCGGGGUGAAGCGUGUCUCUGCGGCGCCCCCCCUGUCCGUCGAUACAAUGAAGAAGCUUUUUACAUUCUGGUGUCUGUUCCUGGUUACCGGCGGAACAAACCGGGCGUGGGCCACCGGAAACCUGACUGUGGACGGCAGCACCAACCGGACUACGGACGGCAGCAGCCGGUACAUCAGAAUCGGGGACGGGUCAUCGCAGGAGUUCGAGUUUCCUGAAAACUCUGACGGGGUGAUUGUGGUCUGCAGCCAGUACCGGAGCUCCUGGAGCAGCAGGAAGGGUCGACAGAGCUGGAAGGAGACCAUAAGGGUGCACUCCCAGAACCCGGAGGUCCUCUCCAUCCUCAACGUGACAGACAGCGGCCACGCAGGACCCGCCACGAUCUUCAUCAUCAGCAUCCGCUCUGGGUUCCCAGGCAGGGCUCACCUGCAGAUCCAGCUGCUGAACCAGGACCGGGACUCUGUGCCAGUUUUGAUCGAGGAGAGGACGGAUUACUCCAUCCUGGUGGCGCCUGGGGAAGACGACCCGGUCACCCGGCUCAUCCAGUCCGGGGGCCUGUCUCAUUUCACUGAGAACCCAGUCCUGUUUGCCUUGCUGCCCCUCAUUUUUGUUAACAAGUGUGCCUUUGGGUGCAAGGUGGAGGUGGAGGUGCUGCGGGGGCUGCUGAGGAGCCCUGUGCCUCUGAUCCUGGGUGUGGUGGGUCAGUUCCUGGUGAUGCCAUUGUAUGCCUACUGUGUGUCCUUUCUGAUCUCACUGCCCAAAGCACUGUCUCUGGGCCUGGUCAUCACAUGCUCUGCCCCGGGUGGUGGGGGUGGUUACCUGUACAGCCUGCUGCUUGGAGGAGAUGUUACCUUGGCCAUCUCCAUGACGCUGGUCUCCACAGUGGUGGCCACAGCAGCCAUGCCUCUGUCCUCAGCGCUGUACGGUUGGCUGCUGGGGGUGCACGCCGCCUUGCACGUGCCGUUUGUGAAGAUCCUGGGGACCCUCCUGUUCAUCGCCAUUCCCAUCUCCCUGGGAAUGCUGAUCAAGCUUCGCCUGCCCACUCUCACCCGCGUCCUGUUGGUGCUCAUACGACCCUUCAGCUUCGUGCUCAUAGUUGGGGGCAUCUUCAUGGCCUACCAAAUGGGCGCAUCCAUCCUGGCCAACGUCGAGCCCCAGAUUGUGGUUGUCGGGGUGACUGUGCCUUUGCUGGGCCUCAUCGUCGGGGCCGUCAUGGCUAAGAUGGCAGGCCUAGCUCCGCCGCAGAGGAAAACCGUAAGUAUCGAGGUGGGCGUCCAGAACAGCCUGCUGGCUCUCGCCGUCAUGCAGCUGUCCUUCCGACGGGUGGAGGCGGACUUUGCAUCCCAGGCGCCCUUCCUGGUGGCCCUGAGCAGCACCUCAGAGAUGCUGCUCAUUGUUCUGGGUAACUUUGUCCGGCAGAAGUUGUGUCAGUCGUCCGUCCUCAGGAGUGAUGCCUGAUUGUAGCUGCAGUUUUGUUCAGAACUUUUUAUGAAGAACGAACAUUUCAGAUCCUGUGGAUAUUUGG